UCAUUAUUUGAUCACAUGCUGCGCUCGCCCCAACGGUCGCAUCGUAAAACAUUAUUACAGGCAUCUGAAUCGCUGGUAAGAGUAAAAUCGAGGGACUCUGAACCUAAAAUUGGCUUGAGCCUCGCUGUGAAUUUCGCGCAAGUCUCCGAAGCGGAGCUUAGGCCUAUAGACAAAGACCCAACAACUGACGAGGAACCAAACAUGGAUAGUUCUCCAACAAUGCUCAUAUUUUUUAUCACAAUCGUCUCAUUCUUUGGACUAGGGGAGUGCGGAGAAUGCUGUCGUAUACGUAACAUCUUAACUUCUGACACUGAUGACGUUUGGUGCUCUGACUACUGCUGUAUAAGCCUGGGAAACACUUACUGUUGUGCUAGCAGUAUCCUGCAGGCUCCAGAGGAGGACCGACUCCCAUUCUGUUUUAACUGGUUCCACGUUUAUGUGUGGGUACCUAUUGUUGUUUCGAUUGGGAUAGUGGUUCUGUGCAUCGGAUGCUGCAUCUGCUGUUGCCGAGCCUGCUGUGGCAGAAGGAGGGAGACCAUCAUUGUCCAGGGCGGACAGCCAAGUGGGACCACAGUGGUUGCCCAGCAACAAGCGACCAUGAUGAAUCCUGUUGGUUACGCACCUUCUCCCUACAGUGCUGGAUACGACCAGCCUUGAAUGGUGGCCAAAGAACAACAAACAAGAUUUCAUAGUCCGUUAU